AUGAGACCACCGACGACGUCGUUUCAUGGAACCAAAACGGCACGGCGUUCGUCGUUUGGAAGACGGCGGAGUUCUCCAAGGAUCUUCUUCCUCAGUACUUCAAGCACAAUAAUUUCUCCAGCUUCAUUCUAUCAAGGAGAGCAAUCUAUGGGGUUUCGCAAAGUUGUUCCCGACAAAUGGGAGUUUGCGAACCAGAAUUUCCGACAAGGGCAUAAGGAGCUGGUGUCGGAGAUACGGCGGCGGAAGGCGGUAGCUCCGGCACCGUCGAACUCUGCCGGAGAGGACUUAAGGUCCAGCUCCAUGUCAUCACCGGCGGUGAACAUGGUCGCCGAUUUGUCGGACGAGAACGAGAAAUUGAGACGAGAGAACGAGACAUUGAGCUCGGAGCUCGUGGCGGCGAAGAGGCAGCGAGGCGAGCUCGUGGCGUUCGUGACGGAGAACCUGAAGGUGGACAGAAGGACGGAGAGGGGGCAGCUGAAAAUUUGA